AUGGCCAAGCGACUCCAUGACCCAUUCUGGAUCUUUGAUCCCGCGAUACUCCUGACGAGAGCCGACGAGUUUGUGCCGCGCGCCGAGUUCAACCUGGAAGAGAAGCGCAACUCGAUCACCAGGUUUGUCGCCUAUGCCAACGAAGAAGAGCAGCACAACGUCUCGCAGACCGCCCGACUCACAUCCUCUGCCGCCGCAUCCCAGACCGUCCUCAACAUCAACGACCAGAUCACGAGUAGUAUAGGGGUAUAUCGGUAA